GUCUAGGCCCAGACUAAAAUAAGUUGCCUAUAUCUGAGCACUCCACACGACCACUGGCCACCGAUCGAGUUUCCCCUCUUCGUGGAGAUCGGCGUUAUCAUAUCCGGCGACGCUUCGCCUGCUCUUAGUUCGAUUUUCUCUCUUUCUGCGCUUUCCAAGACCCCGAAGAGAUCUCGAUUGGUGGGGUUCCCGAAGCAGAAGCUGAAGCUGAAACUGGGAGCCCGAGAUCUGAGAUCCGAGAUCCGAGAUCUGUGAUUUGCCUGCGCCGCCUUGGGUGUUGUAUAAAAUAGCGUAACGGCCGCUUGCAAAACUCAUUCAUUUAAAAAUUGUCAAUACGUUCGAACAGCUCGGUCGUCGAGCUGGAAAACCAGGAAACAACUAGUGCUCAAAGUGAAGAAUAAUUCGGAAAGGACUCGGCUCGAGGGACCAAGCGAAUCAGUGAUAUUAGUUUGUUUUGUGACUAAAUAGAAAACACGUUAAUGAAAUACAGAAACAAUCGUGGCACCAUAUUGCAAAUCCAGUUCAGAACAUUUCUAAGAUACAGUGCAGCAAAUUUAAUUCCAUUUGAGAGCUAAACGGAUACGACAACCGAAGGAUAUCGAACUUGACGAAUUGGAAAAUUACUAACUGAGUUUGCACACACAUCGCCGGGCGGAAAGUCGGCUGGAGAAAGUGAUCUCCCGGAAAUCGCCAUCCUUGGAUCCCCAUCCCAUCGUCCUUGCCCGUCAUCCAGGAUGUUCGCCACCCAGGACACCAUUCUAAAGUUGCUGACCCUGUGCGCCCUGGCACAUUCUAUAACCGCAUUGGCCCUGCAGGAGAGGUCUCCGACUCCAGGAGGAUCUGCGCCCUUGGAUUCCAGCCACAAGUAUCUGAUCGUGCGGGGGGAGGCGCCCAGUGGAUCCCAGGAGCAUGUGGAGUUCGAUAAUGCCGCCACCCUGCUCCUGAGAGCCUUCAAGAACCAACAGAUUCCCGCAUCCGGGGCUCUGGAGGAGUGCAGUGCGCCUAGUCACAAGGCCACGUUCUCGGGAUACGACUACGUGAUCCUGCUGGGCAUGCUGGUCAUCUCGCUGGGCAUCGGCAUCUUCUAUGGAUUCUUCCAGAAGGGCGGCAGCUCCUCCAACGAGUUCCUGCUGGGCUCCGAGAUGAGCAUCUUCCCGGUGACCCUCAGUCUCACGACCAGUUUCAUCACGGCCAUCGAACUGCUGGGAAAUCCCUCCGAGAUGUACUUCCAGGGCACCCAGUUUGUGCUCAUCGUAAUCCCCAUGGUGCUGGUCAUUCCGGUGGCCGUGAAGAUCUUCUAUCCCAUUUACUUCAAAAUGGAGCUCACGAGCUGCUAUGAGUACCUGGGCAUUCGGUUUGGCAAGGAGAUCAGGAUUCUGGGUGCAGUGCUCUAUGUCAUUCAGAUGUGCUUCUACACGGCUGUGGCUGUCCUGGCCCCGGCAAUUGCUCUGUCCAAGGCCACGGGACUGGACACCAAAAUAGCAGUGGUCCUGAUCUAUGUGGUCUGCGUUUUCUACUCCUCUCAGGGUGGCAUGAAGGCUGUGGUCAUUGCGGAUUCCUUCCAGGCUGCUGUCCUGGCUGUAUCCUUGGUGCUGAUCGUGGGCUUGGGCUGCUUCUACAGUGGCAAUCCCAUCCAGGUCUUUCAGACUGCAUCCGAACACAAUCGCUUGGAGUUCUUCAACAUGGAUCCCGAUCCCACAACACGUCACACCGUCUGGUCGGUGGUCAUUGGUGGCUUCUUCUACUGGACCUCGCUGUUCUGCACCAACCAGGCCUCCGUUCAGAAAUGCCUGUCCCUGAAGUCCUUGAGGCUGGCCAAGAUUGCCCUCGGCUUUGCCAUUAUUGGUUUGAUUGCCGUCUUCCUGCUGAACUUCUACACGGGUCUGAUGGUCUUCACCCACUAUGCGGACUGCGAUCCCCUGACUGCGGGUCGCAUUUCAGCCACGGACCAGUUGUUGCCCUACUAUGUGAUUAAUACCUACGAGCACAUAAGCUCCGUGGCGGGUAUCUUUGUGGCUGGCAUCUUCGCAGCCAGUUUGGGAACUGUGGCCUCUGCCUUGAACUCCCUGUCCGCUGUGACCUGUGAGGAUCUGCUGGUCAAUGGCAUGAACAUCAAAAUCUCCCCUGAGAAGGGAGCCACCUACGCCAAGUGGAUGUCUCUGGGCUUCGGCAUCGCCUCCUUCGGCCUGGUCUUCAUCGUGGAGCACCUGGGUGGAGUCCUGCAGGCCACGCUGACCCUCAACGGACUGAUUGGUGGCGUCACCUUGGGCCUCUUCGUGCUGGGCAUCGCCUGCAAACAGGCCAAUACCAAGGGUGCCUUCUAUGGAGGACUUUUGUCCCUGGCCCUGGUCAUUUUCGUGGGCGUGGUGGCUCAAAUAGUCAGCGUGGAGCAGCCCGCACUGCCCACGUCCAUCGACCAAUGCGAUUGCCAUGUGAACAUAACGAACAUCAUUGGCAGCUUGCUAACCGAACCUGUGGACAUCAUUGAGGAGGGCGGAUUCACAUCCUGGCCCAUUUUCCGGCUGAGCUACAUGUGGUACAGCAUGAUCGGCUGUCUACUCACCGUUUUCCUGGGCUGGUUGAUUUCCCUGAUCAUUGACUUCAUCCAGCGACGCAAUGUGCUGAAGAUCACCGGCAAGGGCAUCGACAAUCCCGCCGUUUCCGAGGAGAUCUUCAAGAGCGACUCCCAGGUGCAGUACACCACCACGACGGUGAUUGCCGAUCCGCGAGAGUCAACAAGUGACGAGGGCCAUGUGAACCAUGCCAUUCGCAUGGACGACGAAUAGAACUCGAAGCCAAAACUCGAAUUCUGGCGGGGAUCGACGCUCCCCACCGGCCAAUUCCUUGUGUAACCUGUAACCUCCAUGUACAAAGACCAGUCGCCAUCUGUUAACUGUCCUAGUUUAGUCGAAAGAGUGAUUUCUAGUUCUUAAGUCCCAGCCGAGGUUGUUGGCUCAGUAUUCUGUAAACACACACUUACUAAUGUUACUACGAAAUGAUUUUACCUUUAGUUCAUUUUAAGGCAUGUAAUAAAACCUAUAUAUUCCUGAUCA